GUUGAAUUACUAUAGAUGUUAAGUGCUUGAUUGGGAGGAGGUUCAGCGAUCCCUUCGUACAGAGUGACAUGAAGUUAUGGCCAUUUAAGGUAAUUGCUGGUCUCUGUGACAUACCAAUGAUAGUAGUGACAUACAAGGGCGAGGAAAAACAGUUUUCGGCAGAGGAAAUCCUAUCCAUGGUUCUAACAAAGAUGAAGGAGAAUGCUGAGACUUAUCUUGGAACCAGAAUAAAAAAUGUAGUGGUCACUGUCCCCGCUUACUUCAAUGACUCCCAGCGACGGGCCACGAAGGAUGCUGGAACUAUCUCCGGUCUCAAUGUUAUGCGUAUCACCAAUGAACCCUCUGCAGCUGCAAUUGCAUAUGUUCUGGACAAGAAAGAAAGCAGCUCGGGCAAGAAGAACGUCCUCAUCUUCGACCUUGGCGGUGGUACUCUUGAUGUGUCUCUUAUCACAAUAGAAGACAUCAUCUUGGAGGUCAAGGCCACUGCAGGUGACACUCAUUUGGGAGGUGAGGAUUUCGACAACAGAAUGGUGAACCACUUUGUUCAGGAAUUCAAGAGGAUACACAAGAAGGAUAUCGAUGGAAACCCUAUGGCAUUGAGGAGGCUGAGGACAGCAUGCGAGAUGGCAAAGAGGACUCUGUCCUCCACUGCUCAGACCACCAUUGAAAUUGCUGUGUUGUUUGAUGGCAUUGAUUUCCACACUACCAUUACGAGGGCUAGGUUUGAGGAACUUAACAUGGAUCUGUUCAGAAAGUGUAUGGAACGAGUUGAAAAGUGCUUGAGAGACGCGAAGAUGGACAAGAGCAGCGUCCAUGAUGUUGUCCUUGUAGGUGGGUCCACUAGGAUCCCCAAAGUUCAACAACUGCUGCAGGAUUUCUUCAAUGGCAAAGAGCUCUGCAAGAGCAUCAACGUGGAUGAAGCUGUUGCAUGUGGAGCUGCUGUCCAGGCUGCUAUUCUGAGUGGAGAAGGGAACCAGAAGGUUCAAGACAUGUUGCUGUUGGAUGUCACUCCCCUCUCCCUUGGUCUGGAGACAGCUGGCGGUAUUAUGACCGUUUUGAUCCCGAGGAACACAACCAUCCCCACCAAGAAAGAGGAGAUCUUCUCCACAUACUCAGAUAACCAGCCGGGUGUUCUGAUCCAAGUCUAUGAAGGAGAGAGGGUCAGGACAAAGGAUAACAACCUGUUAGGCAAAUUUGAGCUUUCUGGCAUUCCGCCUGCCCCCAGGGGUGUCCCGCAGAUCACUGUCUGUUUUGACAUUGAUGCCAAUGGCAUUCUAAAUGCCUCAGCUGAAGACAAGACGACAGGCCAGAAGACUAAGAUCACCAUCACCAACGAUAAGGAAAGGCUCUCAAUUGAUGAGAUUCACAGGAUGAAGGUAUUUUCUCUUUGUCAUUCUCUAGCUUCUUCCACUGAGUUUAUAAGAUUUGUCUCAUCAUUUUACUUCCUAUGUUUAUUGUAUGAUAUUGGCUCGCGCAAUAAAGAUGUAUCUACUAAGCAAGUCAUAUUUGUUUUACACAACCCCAGAUUAAUUUACUUAUUUACGUACACAGCUUCGAGUGCCAAAUCUGUGUAGUCAAGAGGAGGCCUCCAAGGAAAACAUUUCCAAGAAAUCUUCGCAGAGGUUUUCCCGUAUCACUUCAGUCCUCCAAAUGGAGGAAGAUAUCAAAGAACUCACCAAGAGAUGGGUGUCACCAGAGGACCAGCAAGUGUUAGGGUCUCUCGAAGUCCCCGAUUUAGUGGGAGGUACAAUGCGUUCCUGGACUGAGGUUAGCUUCUAUCUCUCACUCAUUCACUCUCUAUUCAACCUUGAUUGAGCACGCCAUUAAUAUUUCGUCCCUGACUUUUUUUCAGGCUUUACUCCAUUGCAUACAAUUUUAUGAAAUGAGUAACCAGAAGAUGGAGAUCCACCAAAAAAGGAUUGUCGAGCUGGAGAAAGAAAACACAGCCCUCUUCGGCAAGAUUGAGGAGUACAGGGAGCAAAUUGAGGCAUGGAAACAUAAGGCUCAAACUUCUGCAAUCGAGGCUGUGAGUGCUUUUAAAAAGUCUCAGGAGUAUGCCCAAGCCAUGGAAGAUGCGGGGAGGGCCCGGAUGAAAGACAUUGUACAUGAGUGGCUGAAGGCUGAAGAGGGCCGGGAUAAGAGCUCUGGACAAACUCCCCCUUCCACUCAAAACUGACACUCCGUGAUAUUGUCUUACAACUAACCGGAAUAGAACUACUUGUAUUAGUUUUGACAGUUGGGAAAAUGCACUAGUGGCUCAUGCGAUUAACUUUGAUCAAAAGUUGUGAUUUUUGAAACAUGAUCGCACCACUUAUGCAUUUUAUAAGACUAGUAUUUUUGUACAUUUUUGUUCUGUUUGGACAUAUAGCAUGGUCUCUUAAAGGCAAGCCUUUUUGUACA